CGCCGCUCCAGCCACUCCCUGCAGCCCGGCACCCUCCGAGCUCUAAAUCCAUCCGGAGCUCCAUUCAAAGUGCUAAGGUCUGGAUGAGAGCCUCGUCCGAGCCCCAUCCAGCACAGCAGACACGCGUUCAGGCGAAGACAGCUGGCAAGGGCUUCAGGAGCCGCUCCAGAGUUGGACAAUCUCCCCCUGGAUCACAGCUCUUGUCCGCGGAGUGGAUUUAGGACAAGGAGGAGCGACUCUUCAGAGAUAAAGAGGAGACGUCGGCCGCCAAGAUGGAGGUGAAAACAUCACUCCUGGACAACAUGAUUGGGGUUGGGGACAUGGUCCUUCUGGAGCCCUUGACCGAAGACUCGUUUCUGGAGAACCUAAAGAACCGCUUUGACCACAAUGAGAUUUAUACAUACAUUGGCAGUGUGGUGAUCUCCUUAAACCCUUACAGGUCCCUGCCCAUCUACACGCCAGAGAAGGUGGAGGAGUAUCGUAACAGAAACUUCUAUGAACUUAGUCCCCACAUCUUUGCUUUAGCAGACGAGGCCUACCGCUCGCUGAGAGACCAAGACAAGGACCAGUGUAUCCUCAUCACAGGGGAGAGUGGAGCUGGAAAAACUGAGGCCAGUAAGCUGGUGAUGUCAUAUGUGGCGGCAGUGUGUGGGAAGGGCCAGGAGGUGAACAAGGUCAAGGAACAGCUGCUGCAGUCCAAUCCCGUGCUGGAGGCGUUUGGAAAUGCCAAAACUGUGAGGAAUGACAACUCUUCGAGAUUUGGAAAAUAUAUGGACAUAGAGUUCGACUUCAAAGGAGAUCCACUGGGUGGAGUCAUCAGCAACUAUCUGCUGGAGAAGUCCCGUGUGGUGAAACAGCCAAGAGGAGAGAGGAACUUCCACAUCUUUUAUCAGCUCUUGUCUGGAUCCUCUGAUGACACGCUCAAGAAGCUCAAGUUGGACCGGGAUGUUGGCAAGUACAACUACCUGAGCCUGGACUCUGCCGUGGUCAGCGGGCUGGACGACGCAGCCAACUUCCGAACAGUCCGGAAUGCCAUGCAGAUUGUGGGGUUCAUGGAGGAUGAGAUGCAGUCAGUGCUGGAGCUGGUAGCCGCCGUGUUGAAGCUCGGCAACAUCGAGUUCAAGCCAGAGUCGCGUUGCAACGGCAUCGACGAGAGCCGGGUCAAGGACAAAAACGACUUGAAGGAGAUGUGUGAGCUCCUGGGGAUUGAACAGUCAGUGCUGGAGAGAGCCUUCAGCUACCGAACAGUUGAAGCUAAGAUGGAGAAAGUUUCUACCACCCUUAAUGUGGCCCAGGCCUACUAUGCUCGAGAUGCUCUCGCCAAAAAUCUCUACAGUCGCCUGUUCAGCUGGUUAAUAACCAGAAUUAAUGGAAGCAUUAAAGCACAAGCUAAAACCCGCCAUAAGGUCAUGGGCGUCCUGGACAUCUACGGUUUUGAAAUAUUUGAGGACAACAGUUUUGAGCAGUUCAUCAUCAACUACUGUAACGAGAAGCUGCAGCAGAUCUUCAUCGAGUUGACUUUGCGUGAGGAGCAGGAAGAGUAUAUUAGAGAGGGGAUUGAGUGGACCAACAUUGAGUAUUUCAACAACGCGAUAAUCUGUGACCUCAUUGAGAACAACAAAAAUGGCAUCUUGGCCAUGUUGGACGAGGAGUGCCUGAGGCCAGGGACGGUCACCGAUGAGACCUUCUUGGACAAACUUAAUACGGUCUGUGCUGAACACCAACACUUUGAAAGUCGCCUUAGCAAGAACUCGAAGUUUCUAACCGACCACAGCCUGCCACACAACUGCUUCCGCAUUCAGCACUACGCUGGCAAGGUGCUGUACGGUGUGGAAAGCUUUGUCGACAAGAACAAUGACUUGCUGUACCGGGACCUGUCACAGGCCAUGUACAAGGCCAACCAUAGCCUCAUCAAACAACUCUUCCCUGAAGGGAAUCCUGCCAAAGUCAACCUAAAACGACCACCGACUGCUGGUUUCCAGUUCAAAGCAUCUGUUGGCACCCUGAUGGGCAAUCUGCAGACGAAGAACCCAAACUACAUCCGAUGCAUCAAGCCCAAUGAUAAGAAGGCAUCCCACGUCUUCACAGAGUCUCUGGUCCGUCAUCAGCUGCGCUAUCUGGGUUUGAUGGAGAACGUCCGUGUGAGGAGAGCAGGCUAUGCCUUUCGCCAGCCCUAUGAACCCUGCCUCGAACGCUACAAAAUGCUCUGCAAAAAGACCUGGCCACACUGGAGGGGGCCAGCCAGGGAGGGGGUUGAGGUGUUGUUGACUGACCUGCAGGUCCCAGCAGAAGAGUUUUCUUACGGACGCUCCAAGAUCUUCAUCAGGAACCCAAGAACGCUCUUUUUCCUGGAGGAGAAGAGGAAGCAAUGUCUGGAAGACCUGGCAACUCUCAUUCAGAAGAUCUACAGAGGCUGGAAGUGUCGCAGUCACUUCCUGCUGCUGAAGAAGAGCCAGAUAGUGGUGGCAGCAUGGUACCGCCGAUACUCGCAACAAAAGAAAUACCAAAAGAUCAAGAGUGCCACAACGGUGGUGCAGUCCUACGCCAGAGGGUGGCAGGCUCGCAAGCUUCUGAGAGAGCUAAAGUACCAGAAGAGGUGUGAGGAGGCGGCAACCACAAUCGCAGCUUACUGGCACGGCACACAGGCUCGGCUGGAGCUAAGACGUCUGAAACAAGAAGUGCGGAAUAAACGCGCUGUGACAGUAAUUUGGGCGUACUGGCAGGGAACCAAGGCCCGGAGGGAGCUGCGUCAGCUGAAGGAGGAGGCGAGGAAUAAACAUGCCGUGUCGGUCAUUUGGGCCGGCUGGCAGGGCACGAAGGCCCGCAGGGAGCUCAGGAGACUGAAGGAGGAGGCCAGGCGUAACCAUGCUGUCGCUGUGAUUUGGGCCUUCUGGCAGGGACUCAAGGUCCGCAGAGAGUACAGGAAGUUCUUCAGGGCAAACGCAGGCAAGAAGAUCUAUAACUUUACCAUCCAAAGGAUCAUGCAAAAAUACUUCGUUGGCUUGAAGAACAACAUGCCCUCCAUGUCCCCCGUAGACAAGAGCUGGCCUGCUAGGCCUUACUUGUUCCUGGAUGGAGCCCACGCUGCGCUCAGGAGGAUUUUUCAUCUGUGGAGGUGCAAGAAAUACAGAAGCCAAUUCACGGAGGAGAAAAAGGCGGUGUACGAGGAGAAGCUGGAGGCAAGCGAACUCUUCAAGGAUAAAAAGGCUCUCUACCCCAGCAGUGUGAGUCAGCCUUUCAAGGGAGACUACCUGGAGAUCAACAAAAACCCCAAAUUUCAGAAGCUCAAUAGCGCUUUGGAUGACAAGGUUCUGUUGGCUGAUGUGGUCAGCAAGAUCAACAGGGCAAACGGAAAGGGUUCAGCUCGAAUCUUCCUGCUCACCAAGAAAAGCGUCGUUCUGGCUGACCAGAAAACGGGCCAAGUGAAGGCCAGUGUUGUCCUGUCGGACCUCGCCAGCGUUUCUGUCAGCACACAAACCGACGGCUUCUUUGCUCUCAGACUCAAAGAGGGCACAGCUUCAGCUGUCAAAGGCGAUUUCUUGCUCAGCAGCGAGCACCUGAUUGAAAUAAUCACCAAACUUCACCGUGUCGGCGCUGCGAAUGCAGACAAAGAAAAGAUCAAUGUUGACAUCUCAGAUGAAUUUCUGGUGCAGUUCAAACAUGACAAAGUGUGCGUGAAGUUCAUCCAAGGAAGCCCCAAGAAUGGCAACAAUGCAUCCUGCAAACGCAAAAACAACCGCCUGUUGGAGGUGUCGGUACCCAACACACCAUCUACACCAUCAACGCCGUAGCAUUGCUUCCCCCUCUGCUCCUGCCGACGUUCACAACUGCUCAACCUGCAGGGAAACCAACUCCAACGCUCUGAACUCAAACUUCACAGCACUGGUGCCAACCAGGAACCCAAACUUCUGCAUUUAUUUGGCCUGUUGUAAUGUUCUCAUCUGGUUUUUGUUAUGGCGUCACUAUAGUUGCACCAAUGGGCCACAGCUUUUGUUUUUUGGGCAAAGAAAGCCCCAAUGUGGGUUGCAUGCCGCAAAAAUGUGUUGUGAUACCAGUGCACAAAAGACUUCCAUAUACCAGUGGUGGUAUUGCUAAUUAUGAAGUUAGUUUGCAGAGAAAAUGUCGGCAGAACUUCUUGAAGAGCUCUAGCCUUUAAAGUAUAAACUUGUCUGCUUUUAAGCCACCAACUUCAGCGACGUGGCUUAAAAUUUGAGAUGAGUUCAGACGGGAUUAGGGCGGAGCCUGUCGUGGUUGGUUGUGACGAACUUGAAAACUGCAUUUGCUUUCACCUCUUUAACAGACUGAUGAUGAACGGAGUACUUAACUGAUUGUAUGUCUUUUUUUAAUUUAAGCACAGUGGGCAGUUGUGGGAAAGCUGAAGUUAAAUGUAGUUUGCUUGAUUGUUCUAAAACAUGUUUGUAUCUAUUCCUAUGUGCCAUUAAAACGGGUCACUGUUUUGUGAUCGUCCUGUUCAUAAGCAGUUAUUCACAACAAAAGCCAAAUAUUUUUAGAAUAACAAAUCUAAUAUCCCAGUGGGAGUUUGUUUUGAUUGCUUUUGGUAUGUGAUCGGUGCACAUUUCCUAAAAGCAGUUUGUAUUAAAUGUCAAGCGUCCACGGUAAUUGUUAUAAAUGACGACGGGUGAAUUAAAGAGCUGUUGACAAAAUCAAAGUUCAGGUGAUUGCGAUGCUCAAUUACUACAAAGUCCUGAUCAGUUUCAAAAGUUUUUCCUUACUGAAGGAGAAAGUGGUGGGAGUGAGAUUUUUGUGUGCAAUAUUGUCCUAGACGAUUUUCUGAUGGGUGGUUGUGAGACCUGCGCAGGUUCCACAUCCUGUGCCGUAAGCUGUAAAUAAGCUCCGUGUGCUGUAGCCGCAACACAAACUAAAGUUCUACCGCCCUCAUUUUCAUGUUUGUAAAAAAAAAAAAGUAAUAUUUUUGACACUUCAGCUUCACUUAUUGUAACGAUUGACCCACUAUGAUCUAAAACAUUCUACAAGGUAAAAAGGCCAAAUGUUGAGAGCAUGUGACGUUAGCAUCUUGAUUUUUUUGAAGACAUUUUGAGGAUUUUUACACUUUAUUUAAAAAUCGGGUAUAUAUUUACAAUGAAGCCAAAACUGAAUAUCAGAGGGAUAUUGUUGUUGACAAGACAUAUUUGAAUGUCCAGGUAGAAACUUUUGUACGUCUGAUGACUGUGAGGGGCUAAUGGAACCAAAUUUUGUGGAGUUGAGGUUUGCGAUCUGAGUCUGUAAAUGAUUAAACAUUUUGACGUAACCCUGAGGGAGUUACUGACGAGAAUGAUGAAGCUGGAAGAGUUGGUCCAGCUUCAAUUGGAAGACUUCCUUCCCUGCUCUUCAUUCCCUGCUUUGUAUUUGAACUCGGAUGAUGUCUGCGAUCUUGUGUGCCUCAGUGUUGGGCCAGAACGUGGAAAUGUUUCAGUAGAGUUCGUUGUAACAUUUACAAGUAUUCUUUUUAAAUUAAAUAAAAAUCAGUAAAUGGUA